GCCCGCUCGAGCUCUAUGGCUACUGCACACAAGGGCAAACGGAGUGCAUCAGUAGGGCUUGUGGCGGCGAUGCAGCGCUUUGUCGGUCUCUAUGUGUGUUAAAAUAAAAUGGCAAAUGGCAUGCAGCCUCUCCAGAAAACGCUUCGCCACCUGCACUAAAAUGCCCAGGCACGGCACACGUUGCAGAGCGACAAUGUAAAUGUCACCAUUCGUGCAAGGGAUAAAGCGGCAGAUUCCAAUUACUGAAGAUUAUUGGAUUGGCUGCCUUAUUACUGGCAAGAAGCGCAACAAUUCCGUGUUCCACCUUCCUCAGGCUGACAAACAAGGUAAAACAAUGCUGACCACAAUCACCGAUGGCAUCAUGUGCUGCCUGACUGGGAAGUCUGCUAACACGGUCAUGCCAAUCGAGAGCUGUGAACCAGGAGAUGGCUUUGAGUUUGUGGAAGUGAAGCCGGGCCGCGUGCUCCGCAUUAGACACAUCCUCCCGGACAGAGGAACCUGCGAGAUGCCUGGAGAAGAGGCAGAGCAACCAUCUCGGGGAAGCGUACACUGUAAACGCAAGAUCACAGUCUAUCGCCACGGCCAGCUGGUGAUCGAAAAUCUUGGGGACGUGGUCCGGUCAGAGAUUCUUCACUGCCAGAACGGCAACACUGAACCCAGCAGCAUGGUGGAAGUCGAGCUGUCCGAUUAUAACAGUACGUCAUCUAUCCCUGAACCGAAAGCGCCACGAGAGAGUUCUAAAAGUCCUCACCCACCGGGGCAGCGUCGCCGCCGUCGUAAACCCAAACGCACCGUGGUGAUCGACUGCGAGAGGAAAAUCUCCAGCUGCAAGGGCACCCAUGCAGACGUGGCACUAUUUUUCUUCCAUGGCGUUGGAGGAUCUUUAGACAUCUGGGCUAGCCAGUUGGACUUCUUUUCCCGACUGGGCUAUGAGGUGAUUGCCCCAGACCUGGCUGGACAUGGGGCAAGUUCAGCCCCCCAAAUUGCAGCUGCCUACACCUUCUAUGCCCUAGCUGAGGAUGUCAGGGCCAUUUUUAAGCGGUACGCACGUCGGAGGAACAUCAUCAUUGGACAUUCCUAUGGGGUAUCCUUCUGCACAUUUCUGGCCCACGAAUACCCGGACCUGGUCCACAAAGUGGUGAUGAUAAAUGGCGGCGGCCCCACAGCCCUGGAGCCAAGCCUUUGCUCCAUUUUCAACUUGCCUACCUGCGUCCUUCAUUGCCUGUCUCCCUGCCUGGCCUGGAGCUUCCUUAAGGCAGGAUUUGCUCGACAAGGUGCCAAAGAGAAGCAGCUGCUUAAAGAGGGCAAUGCUUUCAAUGUCUCCUCCUUUGUUCUGCGAGCCAUGAUGAGUGGUCAGUACUGGCCGGAGGGUGACGAGGUUUAUCAUGCGGAGCUGACUGUGCCAAUUCUGCUGGUACAUGGCAUGCAUGAUAAGUUUGUGCCCAUCGAGGAAGACCAGCGCAUGGCAGAGAUCUUACUGAUUGCAUUCCUGAAGGUGAUCGACGAAGGCAGCCACAUGGUAAUGAUGGAGUGCCCCGAGACAGUAAACACCCUCCUGCACGAAUUCUUCUUGUGGGAACCGGAUCUUUCUUCUCAUGGCGAUCCUUCUACCAGCAAUAAGGCCCCCUGCACCCAAGACAGAACACCAGGAAAAGAGCCGGAGAACAAAUAA